AUGCGCUUCUUCCUCCUCCCCCUCCCCCUCCUCUCUCCUCUGCUCCUCUCCACCUCCGCGUCCGCCUCUUCAGACUCCACCCCACCCGCCGACGAGCCCACCCCCGUCGGCGCUCUCUGGACCGCCAAAUGGAACGACACGACCCUCGCCCCUUACACCCAACACUGCCGCUCGCAAUCCAGCUACACUGCGAAAAUCUACAAACUCAACGAACUCUACCCAGAUCUCGCCGAGCAAGCCCCCCAACUCAAAGUCUUCUACAACAAGCAACUCUACGCGGGCUCCUGGGACGGCAUCGACGUCCACGGCGUCGGCCGCGAGCUCAUCGCCAUGCACAUGACCGAUGUACCCUACAAAGUGCGCGAGUGGCUGAAGAAAGAAAGUCUGCAGCGCCACUUUAGUGUGCAGGAUGACUUGGUGUUUUUUGCCCCAGGCGCCAUUUAUCCUUUGCUUCCGCUGUGGGUGGACGAUGCCGAAGAGGAGCAAGGCAAGGAAUGCGAGGGCGUCUUUGAGGGCCUGGAGAGGUACAGCAAUGAGCCGGGGGAUGGCAAGGUGAUUGGCAAGGUUGGGCAUGAGAGCUUGGGGGAUAAGGAGGUUAGGUUUACGGUUGAAGCCAUGAUGGUGAGGACGAGGGAGGCAAGGGAUGAGUUGUAA